CAAACCAACCCAGUAAGCCCAAAGACGACCCGAUAUAACAUAAAACCCUAAUUCACAGUCAUAUAAAGCAGACUCUGCUUCCUUCUCAACUCUUCGUUUGCCCAGCCGAGCCGAUCUCAAACCACCUUGCAACAAUGGUGAACGUUCCAAAGACAAAGAAAACCUACUGCAAAAGCAAGGAGUGCAAGAAGCACACCUUACACAAAGUCACCCAAUACAAAAAGGGUAAGGAUUCCAUCGCUGCUCAGGGAAAACGUCGUUAUGACCGUAAACAAUCUGGUUAUGGUGGACAGACCAAACCCGUCUUUCACAAAAAGGCAAAAACUACUAAGAAAAUUGUGCUGAGGCUUCAGUGUCAAGGUUGCAAACAUGUUUCACAACACGCAAUUAAGAGGUGUAAGCACUUUGAGAUUGGUGGUGACAAGAAGGGAAAAGGAACAUCUCUGUUUUAGGUGGAAAAUUACAAGAAUUUUGCAGUUUUACUGUGUUUUUCUUUUGUACCCAUCUUUCGAUUUUUAAUUUUGCAGAAAUACUCUGUUAUUAGACUAUUGUUUUAAUAUUUCUAAUGGAUGGUUAUUUUACUUUUCUUUCCUUUU